CCAGCCUUUGGUUCUGCUAUAAAGGAAGGAAGAGUUGGGGCUGUGGCUGCAGCUGGUGACUGAGACUUCAGAGAGGGAAGCACCCGGGUCCGCUGAAGCCCACGAUAACCAAAGGCCGAUCACAACCCCGUGCUCUCCUCCGUCAUGGCGAAAGCGCUCGUCACCCUCUGGGUCCUCGGCGCUCUCCAAGCGACCGCGGCAGCUCAGAACGAAACGGGGCUGCCUCUGGCCUGUUUCUACUGCAAAUCUGGGCAAAGCUGUCACACCGUCCCCCAGACCUGCUCCUCGCCCCAGGACUCCUGCAUCAUCGUUCAAGAACACAACACGCUCGGUGCGGAGAAUUCGGGCACGUACCAGUCCUGCGCCAACUCCCGCCAGAGCCUCACGGGCUUCCUGGCUUUUUACUUUGGAGACAAGGUGGCUGUGGAGAUCCGGUCAGAAAUUUGCAAGAGCGGCGACUGCAGUGCCGAGUCCACGCCCUCCAGGCUGGCUAUCAGCAACGUCCGCAACGGGCUGCAGUGCCCGGCCUGCUACGCCCCAGGCUCCGAGAGCUGCGAGAGCAACGGGAACCUGCGCUGCACGGGAGGUGCCGACCAAUGUGCUGUCGUCGUCGGGACGCUGGCGCAAGGUAGUGUCGCGAUCCCCUUUGCCGGCAGGGGCUGUGCUACCCGGGCGGCCUGUGAAAUCAAGAUGCUGGAAUCGGGGGUGUUCACCUACAAACUGACCAAAACCCAGUGCGGCCCAGCGCCCAGAGCGCAGACCAGCAGCGCCACCCGGACUCUGGCCUGGGGUCCCGUCACCCUGGGCAGCAUCGUUCCCCGGGUCCCCCUUUUCCUCCCUGCCCUUCUGGGGCUAAUCCUCUGCUGAGGCCCCAUCAGCGUCCUGGCUGCCAUUGGUGUCUCAGUAUAACCAACGUGCUCUGCCCUUCCCUGUGCCUCAGUUUCCCACUCGCUAUGAGGGGGAUAACAAUGGCGAGCUUCUCUUGCAAAGGUCUUUGGGAUCCCUGGAUGGGCGGGGGCUUGAGACAGAGGCUGAUGCAGCCAAGAGGAGACUCUCUGCUAAUUCUGCUGGGGUUCGGAGCAAAGUGCGGUGUAUUAUUAAUAACCCCUUCACAGCUUCUCCUCCAGCCUUUCAAAGAUCCCUGGGAGGGAACAGAACCCAGGAGUCCUGACUUGCAGCCCCCCCCUGCUCUAACCACUAGACCCCGCUCGCCUCACAGAGCCAGGGUGAGAACCCAGGAGUCCUGGCUCUCAGCUCCCCAGAAACUCCAGAAAUGGUACGAAUCCCCCUGUGCGUUUCUAACUGCUCUG